UCAAUACUUUUACCUAUCACGUGAUAAAAUGAGAGCGAAAGAAAGAAGACGCGAAACUAAUGUCUUGUUGAUAGCAAAUAUCAGUUGCUAGGUAACCGACAAAUCGAUUCUCUAUAGCUGACAAUCGACACCAUGAUAUGCACUUGGCAAGUGCAUUUGAUGUUUGAAUGCGCUUCAUGAAGGAAGGAUGUCGAGCGUGACGUAUGAUGAGCUUUGGAGAGCAGCUCAAAUGUUGCUGACGGAAACAAUCCAGGCAGACUCGGUUCUUCAGGGAGCGAAACCUCAAAAGGAUCGUAACAAGGCGCACGAUGUCGUUUCGGGAUUGUAUGUGAGAUACAUUCUUAUAUGCAAUAAACUUGAGCAAUGCUACGAUCAAGUAAUACAGCCGCAGAAGCGUUUGUUGAUCAAGAGAUCGUUGAACGCGAGCCUGGGUAGAAUGUUGGAGCUGAAGCACGAGCUGGUCAAUAUUGAUCUCUCGGAGCACAGCUAUUACGACGAUGUGCUAAUCGAAUGCGAUGUGACGCCGCAGGAGGCCGAGAUUCAGGUACCAAGAUACUACAGACGCGAGCGAAUCGCGGAAAUCGAGGAAAGGCGGAGAUUUAUAGAGGACACGCUGAGAAAUCUGGGCGCGCUUCAUGAAAUUGUCGUGCCCCAGAAAAUUACUGAGUCGCAGGCUAUACGACUCAUCCAGGCCCAUGAACGAGCGAGACAAGGUCGAGUGCGUUAUCAAUUUAUGAAAGAAAUCCGUCAGAUGAAAGAAAGAUCGACUACCAAGCCAGAGGUGGCAGAGGAAGAUGAAGCAAACGAAAAACUUGCAGCAUUGAAAAUUCAAAAAGUAUGGAGAGGAUAUAUCACUAGACGCUAUAUUCGCAAGAGACGUCUCGAAGAAAUGCUAUUAAUAGGAAUGCUUCAGCCUAGUCAAGUGGUCACUGAAAAUGCCAGACAAGCAGACAAACUAAAGCAGCAAAGAUAUGAAAAGCAAUUGGACUUUCAGCGACAAUACGAGGAUCUAUUGAUAGAAGCAAAAGAGAGACUCCGCAAGGAUAGAAGCGCGAUUAUGCAAGAAAACAUACGGAUUGAAAUUCGAAAUUGGAUUGACACUUAUUUUCAGCAGACGGGAAAAAUACCCGAUUUACCAUCUGCCGAAAGCGGCGGCUCGCGAAUGAUUUUUAGCAGACAGGGAACCGAGAGCACUGUGAGUAAAUCGACAACGUCGAAGGAAUCGAAGAAAUCAAAACGUUCCAAAUCGAAGAAGGAUAGCGAAACAGAACAGUCGGAGGACGAGACGGAUCAAGGAUUCAAAUCGGUCCCCUCGAAUUUCCUGCCGGAAUUAGUUCAGAUGAAUCAAGAAUACCAGGAUGUUUGGAAGGAUAAAGAUGAAUCCGCGAAUCCGAUGCAGCUACCUGAUCGCGAUAUGAUAGAAGCGGAAAAGAUGAGAGAAGUUGAGGAUGAAGUUAGAGUAGUUGUGGAUCAGGCGAUGAGAGGUGAUAUAGAGGCUCUUCAGGUUGCAUUAGACAAAGAUAGAGGUUACAAGGGAAGACGCUCAAAAAAGCCUCAGAAACGAGUUCGCAGGAGCGGAAAAAAGAAUAAGAGAAAGAAGGAGAAGGAUUUGACGCCUGAUAGAACAACCGAGUCUCUCUUCGAAGAGCUUCUCACGCAGGGCGUUAUUAAGCUUCACCGCGAAGUUUCGUUGGAUGAGUUCAAAGGUGAAAAAUCGUUUGCGAAUUACGAUCUUCGUACGAAAGAAAAAGAUCCUCUUCCGACACUCGGCGACAUAAGACAACUCAUCGCCGAAUAUUGCAUACUUCCAUUGGGCAACCAGGUUCUGAGAGAACUCACGCCCCUUGUAAGAUCAGUUCUAAUAGCCGGUCCAAGUCGCAGUGGUAAAAAGUUGUUGGUGAACGCGAUCUGUACAGAACUCGGAGCUACACUUUUCGAUAUCACGCCGGCAAACAUCGCCGGCAAAUAUCCCGGCAAGUCGGGAUUGAUUAUGCUUGUUCACUUGAUCUCGAAGGUAUCGCGAUUACUACAACCGUCAGUGAUCUUCAUGGACGACGCAGAAAAGCCGUUUGUGAAGAAAGUACCAAAAACGGAUAAGACAGAUCCGAAACGUUUAAGAAAAGAUCUACCAAAGAUCAUGAAAAAUAUCACGAGUGAAGACAGAGUUCUGCUUAUCGGGACGUCUAACAAGCCUUGGGAUGGCGAUCAAAAACUUUUAUAUCAGACUUAUGACAAAGUUAUAUAUAUUCCUAGACCGGAUUACGGCAGCGUAUCUCUUGUAUGGAAAGAUUUGUUAUACAAAUACUCAGGUAUUAAUCGGCAAUUUGAUACAUCAGCUUUAGCAAAAGCAUGCGACGGUUUUACAAUCGGUACCGUUUUAGAAGCGAUCAAUGAGGUAAUGACUACAAAACGAAUGGUACAAUUACGAACUCAUCCUUUGACGUACGUAGAGCUGGUAAAUGCGUUGAGUUUCCAAGAUCCAGUAUACCGUGAAGAGGAGGAUGCGUUUUUAGCCUGGUAUUCCAAAACUCCAACCUGUCGACGAAAACAAAGAGCUCUGGAAUUGGAACUCGAGAAAUUGAACGAAGCAAAAGACGAGUCGCAAAAGAAGAAAGGAGGAAAGUAAUGGAAAUCAUUUUCGUGUAAGGACACACUCAUAUUUCGUAAGAUCAGCGGCCACGCUGCGCAGCGCCAUGCCACGCCGGUGAUGUUAUCAUCCCCCUGAUAACGUUGCAUUACGCAAAAUGUAAAUGUAACGUGGAAAAGACGCAACAUGUGACGGACACAUGACCGUGAACUCUCCAUCACGAUCUCGUGAAAUGUUAAAUAAGCUCUGAGAGAAACGACGGGUCAACUUGUACGCGAUUCUCCUUGUGACAAAAGAUUAGACAGGAUGUCGUCGCACGGACACGACACGCCGGAUGAACGCG